GUUUGUGAAUGGAAAUCUAUAAGCUCUAAAAGUAAAGUAGUCUGCUGUUUUGAACUGUUCCUGCUAGGAUAUGGCCUCUUAUUGUGAUAUCUGCAGUGUGCAACUGAACUGUAUGAAACAGUUUUCACAACAUACAGAAGGGAAAGCUCAUAAGAAAAAACUGGCUCAAUUAGUUGGUAGUGUUAGUAAACCAAAAAUAGAAUUUGUACCAGAAGGACAGCUACAGUCAGUUGAUCCUAAUAAAGUUGAAGAUCAGAGCUAUCAGUCAGGUUCUCUGAAAUUCAACAUCCAACCACAGACAAGAAUAUCUGAAGACUGGUCACAAGUCAAGUUCUGUUACCUAUGUAACAAAGCUUUAAAUUCAGCACACCAAGCAGAACAACAUUUCUCUAGUGUUAAACAUCUUAAACGUACUGCACAAUCUAACAUUGAAGAAUCUGGAGCUCGAGGGACCAAGAGAAGAAUUGUUAAAACAGACUAUGAAGAUGAUAUUAGACAAAAUGGUCCUGGAGAUGGUCUAGGUUUUGAUAUUGAUCCAGAACUAGACCAUACAAUAACCCUGAACAGAUUGACCAGUGAAGGGCAAGAGAAGAAAUCCAAGAUGGAUGACACCUUCUGUUAUCUUUGUAAUAAAACCUUUACAUCUCCACACGUAGCCGAGGUCCAUUAUAACAGUAUUAAACAUCUUAAACGUACACAGGCUAAUCAUACUGUAGAUCCAGAGGUUGUUCCUAAAAACAAUUCGUCGAAUGGGAACUGUGUCCCAAUCGAACCACCUCCAGACCCUAGUGCUACUCCACUACCUGUCAACUACCUAGACAAUAAAUCAUGGGAGAAUCCUGUUACAGACCCACCAAACUCAUAUCAAAGAUUCCGUGAGCAGAAACCAUUCUUGAACAACCAGCCUGCCACUGCUGGACAUUUCUUCUGUACUUUCUGCAAUUUAGGCUUGAAUUCCCAGACUCAAAUAGAUGCUCAUAGAGCAGGUGCCAGACAUAAGAAGAAUGUAACCAAAGCCAAGGGACAACAAGGUGCUAUAACUUCUACUACUUCUAGUUGA